CUCAGUCUGUGACCAGCGCUCGAGCCGAUUCGUUUGGCACAAUCCUUCCUCUGCAAAACGAAACUCACGCUGCGGCUGCAGCUCGUUUUUUUCAUUUCGUUUGUUUUCACUAUCCACACAUUUAACGGCUGCGUUUCUUGCGGUCUGGCUUUCAUUGUUUCGGCCCUCAAACGACUUUUAUCACGUUUACCUUUACGGCUCCUAUCUACGAAACAACGCUUCUUGGGCGAAACGACACGGAAAAAUGGUCGGGACACUGUCGACCAGGCCUUAACUGUCACACAGUUUAGUUUUGUGUUCACACUGCGAGAAAAGCCACAGCAGCGAAUAAGCUAGAGAAGCGAGUCAAAAUUUGUGCAUUUGCGGCCGCCGCCAAAGGGGCUACGUGAGGCACCGUGAUAUAACAGGAGUUGCCGCUCGACUUUCUCCGCCUUUCCUUCUUUGUCUCACUCUCGCUCGCUCGCGCUUCGGAAGUCAAAGUCGCAGUCGGGGUCCCCAUGUGGCAGCUCCAUUGACCAGGAGGCAAGCAAACGGAGCGCCGAAAUUAACCACUGUGCUUUUGGGCCAAUUCGUUUCACAAUUGAGGAAGUGAGCCGCAACUUUUAAAUGAAGAAACAUGGGGAAUGGCAUGAACAAGCACUCACAUAUAUAGGCACACACCUGUAGUUGAAUUGGUAUCUGAUCGCCCCACAAUGAACUGGCACAUGGGAAAGGUCUUGCCGGGACUUUAUGUGGGCAACUACCGCGACUCCAAGGAUCAUGCUCAGCUGGAGAGGUUCAAGAUCUCGCACAUCAUCGCCAUACAUGACAGUCCGCGGCGUCUGCUGCCGGACAAGCACUACCUGUGCGUGAUGGCCUCGGACACGCCGGACCAGAAUCUUUCCCAGUACUUCUCCGUCUGCAACGAUUUCAUCCACGCCGCCCGCCUGCGCGAAGGCAACGUCCUCAUCCACUGCCUGGCGGGGAUGUCACGCUCGGUGACCGUGGCCGUGGCCUACAUCAUGACGGCCACCCACCUCAACUGGAAGGAGGCCCUGAAGGUGGUUCGUGCCGGUCGCGCGGUGGCCAAUCCCAACACCGGUUUCCAGAACCAAUUGCAGGAGUUUGAGCAGUUUAAGCUGUCCGAAGAGCGUCGUCGGCUGAGGGAACGCUUUCCAUCCUCGGCUCUGGAGCAACUGGAUCGCACCAAGGUGGUCACGGCACUGGAUAACUACCAGGAGCUCCUGCAGAAUCGCGACAUCUGCGAGGGUAACUGCUCCCGCGGCGAGAAGUGUCCUACAGGCGUCUGCAAUAUGGACCCCACCAAGGGCUUGUUCCGCCGUCGUCCCUCCAACGCCUCCACCCACUCGCGCCUACGUGCCCAGUCCUCAAAUGCCAACGCCUCGUCCAGUUCGCUCAGCGUCAGCAGUGCCGCCGCCCAGUCCUGCCCCACGUCGCCCAAGAACUCACCGCUCCCGCUGGCCCGCCGCUCGGUGGGCAACGAGCGCAUCCCCGAGGACGAGAUCGUCCUGGAGCAGCCGCCCACCACGUCCCGCGAGGCGGCCGAGUAUGCCGCCGCCUUCGAGGAUGCCCGCCGCGAGUGCAGCGAGCAGCGCCAGCAGCAGCUGGGCCGGAGCCAGCGCUCGCCCCGGCUGGGCAACUCCUCCAGGGAAGCGCCACGGCCGGGCAACUCCUCCAGAGAAACGCCCCGGGUGAGCAGCGCCGGCAGCCGGAGGGAGUCCGCCGCCAGGGAGGGGAGUGGCACCGCCCAGCUGCAGCGCAGUGCCAGCACGGUCAGCGGCUUCGGAGUGCGUCCGCGGAGUAGUCCGGCUGGUCUGCACGCCUAUACGGGCUCGGUUCCUUCCUCCGUCCACGGGUCUCGAGUGGAUCUGCGGGAUGCCGACAAGGGAUCGGCCAUCUACCUGGGCUGCUCGGCACCGAGAGCCUCCACCCUGUCUAUAUCCUCGUCGAGGGGCUCGUCGGGUGGCUCUGCCCCGCCCUCGCCCUGCCACACGCCCCCCGUUAGUCCACGUCAUGGCGUGAAAAGAUCCACCAGCCUGGUGAAGAAGCCGAGAUGAAGUCCCCAGCCAGUCCUCACAAGGCGAGGAGGUUUUUUUUUUUCAAAGAAGAAGAGUUGCCUAGGCAUCCGAACUGUAACUAUAAAUCUGUAGUCCCUAAGCAACUGGCACCCACUUUGGCUAAAAUGCGCGCGUGACCUGCAGACUUGUUUGGAAGAGGACCACGAAUUCCGUCGAUUGGUCGGAUUUGUGGGAUCCUCGAGUAGCUUACUAUUGUUAGACGCUAGGGCUGAGACAUCCUUCGUUACCGGCUUUGGCUACCAAAAGUUGUUGAUCAAUUUUUAAAACACCGCAUUCGGGGCACUGGCCUGCGAGUGCAGCCUGAAUCAAAUGAAAUCAAAUGUUGAGAGAUUAUUUUUCAGAGACGCAUUUAAGAAAUACCGACAUAUACAUAUACACACAUAUUUACUGUAUAUUAUAUAUAGCGUAUUUAUUUAUACGAGCAGAUUUGUUGUCGGUCGUUCCACUUGGAAGGACUGAUUCCCCGGUUAUCCCAAGGUAUUGGCCAUUUGUUAGUUUUGUACCGAGAGUUGGCCGUCAAAGCGAUUGCGGAGACAGUCGAACAAUAAUAAUUGAGAAUUGCGUAUUUUUGAUUAUAACCAUUGUUGUUGCAAAUAUUUUGAUAGCGAACAAAAAAAAAACAAACAAAUUCGGGGAAACCCGAGAGAAGCGUUAUAUACAUUCAUACCUAGUUGAUAUAGUAAAGACAUAUGAGAUUUGAGAUUGUUAUUUAGAAUUGUUGCAUUGUGUAGCAUUGAAUAUAUAAACAAAGUUUAUUAGAUCA